GGUGUUCAGGAAACGCAACAGAGAGACCGUCUUCAGGCAACAUGGAGGACACUGCGACCAACUGGUCAAACUCAGAUGAAAAUGAUGUUGAAACGUGUAUCUUCUGUUUAAUAGCGAACAAAAAAGACGAAAACACAAAGAUAAUAAAAGAGACUAAAGACCUGGUGUGUUUCAGCGACAUUUUCCCAUGUGCGCCUCACCACUACCUGGUUAUUCCCAGACAGCACAUACUCAGCUGCCUCUCACUGCACAAAGGACACAUUGAUUUAGUUGAAAGAAUGGCUAAACUGGGGAAAGAUGUGCUCCACGACCAAGGGAUUACUGACAUGACGGAUAUAAGGCUGGGGUUCCACCAGCUGCCCUUCAUUUCAGUAGGUCACCUCCACCUCCACGUGCUCGCCCCCGCCAGCCAGAUCUCAAAGUACAUGUUGUAUAAGUUCAUCCCAGAGACCAACCGUUUUGUUACUGACGAUGAGCUGGUUUGCUUUCGUGACAAGAAGCCUGGAGCCACCCAUCACUACCUGGUUAUUCCCAGGAUGCAUAUCAGCAACUGUAAAACCCUUAAGAUGGACAACAUACCUCUAGUGGAGCGGAUGGAACAAAUGGGAAGACAUAUACUGGAGAAGAACAAAGUCUGCAGCCUCGAUGACGUCAGGCUGGGCUUUCAUCUCCCUCCAUUCUCGUCAGUUCCCCACCUCCACCUCCACGCUCUGGCUCCAGCCAGCAAGAUGAACUUGAAGUCACAGCUUCGCUACGGGCAGCAGUCUUACUGGUUUAUUACAGUAGACAAAGUGCUUUCACAGCUGAAGACUCACGGCAAAGUGAAAUGAACAGAUGCAGGUGUAGCAACCUUGUUUGCUGCUUACAGGUUAUUUAAUUAGCAUCCACCGCACUGAGUGCACUUUACAUGACUUCUCCAGCCUGUUUGGCAUUCUGGUGCUAAUACGUUUGAAUAUUUUCCUCCAUGCCGCAUGCUGACUUGGUUGUGGAGAAGAGUUCUUGGUAUUAAAUUUUUUUUUACUUCUGUUUUUUUCAUUUUUAUAAAUGGUAUAGAAAUCAUGAAUAUUAAUAAAAAAAAAAUCUUG